GCACUGGCCGUUCUGCAAGAGGUCCCGGUGGAACCAGUCUAUGCACCAAAACAAAAAAUAUCGAGCUCGGUACUGAGCGAGGGGGCGGUAAAUAGAUAUUGCAAUAAUAACAAUCCCCUACAAAUGGUUGUCUUCCUUCGUAGAGGCAACAGCAGAUGGGUGCCUGCUAGACAGCUGCAGUGUUUCCGCGGGAAUACGAGUUCAGUGUUGUCACGACAACGGCUGUCAAACAGAGUCUCAGGACAUUUAUGAAGCUUUCAAGGCCUUUUGACUGAUCAGCCAAUCAAUGGGGAUUCUCCGAGGAGCUCCUUCCUGCGUGGCCCGUGUCCCCCCUCCCCUCCGCCUCCUGCCCUCCCCCCUGCCCUCCCCCCUAACCUCCCCUCUGCCCUCCCCCAACAUGAAACUGUGGCUGACUGAAUGGCCAUUAAUAUGGAUUUUUACCUCAUCUAGACUGUAAAUCACAUGACAACACACGCACACACCUGUGUUGUACCAAAUCAACCUGCCCCUGUUGGGUGGAGACACACAACACACUCCCACACACACCGACUCUUUUCACACACUCUCAUCACUCCCACACACACACUCACAUCACUCCCACACACACACACUCUUUCUCACACUCCCACACGCACCUGGAAUGUACCCGUAGCCUCUGAGAGGCCGUCUUUGUUUCCGGAAGAAUCCAGAAGGCUCGGAUCGCCGUGUCGACAGCAACACAGGUCCAUAUUUGAUAUUUGAUAUUUAUUUUUUGCUACCUGGUGACCUGGUGACCUUCCUCGUCGCCGCGGGAACCAGCUGGGAGGAGACGCGUGCCAUUGGCGUGUCAUUGGCGUGUUGUCCCACACGGGUGCAUGCCGGCCGCUAUGGCGCCCCAGAACACAGAGACUGAGAGCAUGGUGGUGCCGCGGGGGCUGGGGGGAGGGCACGGCCCGGCGGGGGGGAAGGGGGGAGGCAGGGGGGAGGCGGGAGAGACCACGGAGGAGUGCGUGAGCGAGGGCUCCAUAGACCGCAUCCCUCUCAGACAGUGGGUCAUGCACGGAGCCGUGAUGUUCGGGAGAGAGUUCUGCUACGCCAUGGAGACCGCCUUGGUGACACCUGUCCUGCUGCAAAUAGGUCUUCCAGAGCAGUACUACAGCCUGACCUGGUUCCUGAGCCCCAUCCUGGGUCUGAUUUUCACGCCUCUGAUUGGCUCGGCCAGCGACCGCUGCACGUUACGCUGGGGGCGGAGACGGCCCUUCAUCCUGGCGCUCUGCGUGGGUGUGCUGCUGGGCGUCGCCCUCUUCCUCAACGGCUCUCUCAUUGGGCUGGCCAUUGGAGACGUGCCAAACAACCAGCCAAUCGGCAUCGUGUUAACAGUUCUGGGCGUGGUGGUGCUGGACUUCUGUGCCGACGCCACGGAGGGACCAAUCAGAGCCUACCUUCUAGACGUGGCUGACACAGAGGAACAGGACAUGGCUCUGAACAUCCACGCCUUCUCCUCUGGUCUGGGUGGAGCAGUGGGUUAUGCACUGGGCGGCCUGGAUUGGACGCACACCUUCCUAGGCUCCGCCUUCAAAUCCCAGGAACAAAUCCUCUUCUUCUUCGCCGCCAUCCUGUUCUCCGUCUCCGUGGCGUUGCACCUGGUGAGCAUCGAGGAGCAGCAGUACAGCCCCCAGAACGACCGAUUGGACGAGGAAUCCGCCGAGCCCGCCCACCCCUCCCCGGAAGCCAACGGGCUGCUGGCAGGCCCCUCUCCCCGGCAGAGUGUCGACGGGGACCCCUACGACCCCCUGGGACGCUUCACGGUGGACAAGGACGACUGCGGCUCGGAGCGCAACCUCGCCAUGCACUUCCUGGACGUGGAGCUGGUCCGUAGCCGGAGCGACUCCGUGCUGGCCAUGGCCGACGCUUCCCUGGAGCAGCAGGAGUUGUUCCUGCACCAUAUCGAGCCGUCCAUCUUCUCCGAGCGCCUGUCGUCCUAUCACGGCUCGCCACCUCGCCGCCGAAGCAGCGCCGGCAGUGAGGACUACCUGCGCUCAAAGGUGUCGCGCCUGUCGGCCUUCCUGCAGGAGCUGGAGCGCGAUGGCGAGGAGACGCUGCUCAACAACCAGCUCAACGAGACGCUGGCGCCGCACGGGCGCACCGUCGCCAACGGCAACGCCGCCGCCGCCGGUGCGCGCCUCAAGGCCUCACGCGCCGCCCACAACAACAACGCCGCCGCCUCCGCCGCCGCCUCGGCGCGCCGCCGCCACACCUUCUACCGCCAGCCCUCGUGCACGUUCUCCUACUACGGCCGCGUGGGCGCUCACCGUUAUCGCUACCGCCGCGCCAACGCCGCCCUGCUCAUCAAGUCGUCGCGGAGCAUGAACGACCUGUACGAGGUGCCGGCUCGCCAGCGGCGGAAGCAGCAGCGGGCGCGCCACCCGAGCGGCAACACGGUGUCGAGCGGCGACACGGAGAGCGAGGAGGAGGAGGUGGAGACCACGGUGAAGCUGCUGUGGAUGUCCAUGCUGAAGAUGCCCCCGGAGCUGUGGCGGCUGUGCGUGUGCCACCUGCUCACCUGGUUCGCCGUCAUCGCCGAGGCGGUGUUUUACACCGACUUCAUGGGGCAGGUCAUCUACCACGGGGACCCCACGGCUCCUGCUAACUCCACAGAUCUGCAGAACUACAACAUAGGGGUCCAGAUGGGGUGCUGGGGACUGGUUAUCUACGCUAUGACUGCUGCUGCCUGCUCUGCCAUGCUCCAGAAGUACCUGGACAACUUUGACCUCAGCAUAAAGAUCAUCUACAUCCUGGGCACGCUCGGCUUCUCCAUAGGAACCGCCGUCAUGGCGAUGUUCCCCAACGUGUACGUCGCCAUGGUGAUGAUCAGCAGCAUGGGCAUCAUCUCCAUGUCUAACUCCUACUGCCCUUACGCCCUGCUGGGCCAGUACCACGAGAUCAAGGAGUACAUCCACCACAGCCCAGGGAACUCCCGGAGGGGCUUUGGCAUCGACUGUGCCAUCCUGUCCUGCCAGGUGUACAUCUCCCAGAUCCUGGUGGCGUCUGCUCUGGGCGCCAUGGUGGAGGCCGUGGGCAGCGUGCGCGUCAUCCCCAUGGUGGCCUCCGGGGGCUCCUUCCUGGGGUUCCUCACUUCCUGCUUCCUGGUCAUCUACCCCGGGCAGGGCGGUGAGGGGGAGGCGUCCAAGGCGGAGCAAAAGGCCCUGACCGCGCCCCUUGGCAACGGGGGUUCCGGUAACGACGUGACGGAGAAGCCGAGCGUUCUGAAGCUGACGAAGAAGGGCGUGGCUAAAACCACCACUUGCCGGCUGGAGUGUGAGUCCACGCUCUGAUUGGACGAGACAAUGAGGCCGGAUGGAUCUGCUGUUGAUUACCAAGGCAACGGCAGACACGUUCCCACAACAAUGGGGAUAACUGACCUUCAGCUACCACAAGACAAUGCAUAAUGGGAGUUAUAGUUCUCUCAGAGACUUGAAAGGACCGGGAUUUCAAAAUGUUUUAAACCGAAUGUGGUUUGCAAAAUGUGUGUCCUUGGAUCUUCAAUAACCCAGGGUCAGUUUGUACAUCUAGGUCAGUUUGUCAACUUGGGUCAGUUAUCAACCUGGGUUAGUCGUUAACCUUAGUGAGUUUAUCCUAGGUCAGUUUUAACCCAGGAGUUCAUCCCGGGACACUUUAAACUUGGGUUGCUUGUUAACCCAGGUGAGUUAAUCCUGGGUCAAUUUUAAUUUAGGAGUUUAUCAUGGGUCAGUUUCAACCUGGGCUAGAUUGGGUCUCAGGAUGAAAGCUGUCUCUCUCUCAGGGCCACCAGGGGGCGCCAGAGGGCCGCUUGCCUGGACAGGACACUUCAGGGGCGAACACUCUACACACACACUUCUAUAUCAACAUACACUCACACACUCCUGUGCACACACACACACGCAUACUCUCACAAACUCUCACAAGCGCACAUACCCACGCACGCAUGUACACAAACAAACCUGCGCAUACUUUUCUGACUUCCAAACCUGGGUCAAGAUAAUGGAAUACACAGUCAAAUAUAUAAAUUGAUGAAUAUUUUACUUCAAAAAAGUUACAAUCAUUUCAAAAUAUUGACAAAUUCAGCUCUUCCUUUUGAAUGAUGAUGUUGAGUUUACUAUUUAGUGAGAGCCUUCUCUAUGUCGACUUCAAUGUUUAGGGAAGGAAACAUUGUAAUCACCAAAAGUAUAAUUGAUAUAUGGUUGUUCCUUUGCGGACUGACAUACACUUGUCCAUUGCUCCUGUCGCUAUAAGCCUACAGAGUUGAUGGGUUUUGCUCUAUUGUGUAGUACAGAUAGGAUGUCAACACAGAACCGGCGAAAAGUAUUGGUGUAAAGUCUACGUCAUACAAGUAUAUGGGGCAUGUGUACAGUUUACACGGUAAACGAUACGGUGCAUGUGUAAAGUUUACGUUGUAAAACAAAUAGUAUAUGUGUCAAGUCCACACAGGAACGCAUACACGGCGGGUGUAAGGUUGACAUUGUAAAGUAUACCAGGUGUUUGGAGAGGGCAUUACUACUGGUGCAGACACUUUAUCUCGAUGUUACAACAAUAAUCUCAAUGCUGCAGAGGAGAGGAGGAUAGCUAACCAAACGAAGGGGGGAGAUGGAGGAAGCCGGACGUGGACUUGAAAGCUUCUCCUUUCUUAUCUUGUGUCGUCUUUUAAAAAUGUUCUCCUCUUAUGUUGCUGCACAAUGUGAGUUCAUGGUGAUGAGGAUGCCAGUGAAGAUUAGAACGUUACGGUUGGAAAUGACUGUUGGUCAUACCGAUUGCCUGAUUUUCGAGAGGAGGUGAGAGAAGAAGGGAGAGAGGGGGAGGUAUAGGAGGGCCAGGGAGGUGAGGUGUGUGUGUGUGUGUGUGGGGGGGGGGGGCGCAUCCACACACCGCCCUCCCACAUACCUACAGCACUUAGGCAGAACUUGAAGCUGUGCAGGGAUACAUGGUUUUAUUUUCCACCCACAUAGAAUCUCUGUUCUAUUUUUCUAACUGAAUGAGAGUAUGAUUAAUAUGUAGAAAGAUCAUUUCACAGGUUGUCAGUUUACAUACUAUACACCUGUUGCAUUGUUUAAAUAGGUAUGUGCUGGGUUAGCUUAGCCUAGCCUAGCUGUGUGCUGAGGUUAGCUUAGCUGUGUUUCUGGGUUAGUCUAAGGCCGGAGUGUUUGCUGGGUAAGGGGUUGUAGCCAGCCAGUCUGUUACAUUAAAUCUAUGUUGAGGAGGGCGCUUUUACUUGUUGACCUUCUGUGCCAGGCCAGGGUCUAGUUAUGACUGCUUAUGGGUGGUUAGAGCUGGUCAAAGCUGUUGGCACUAUUGUUGUUCCAGCUGUGUAGGUCUAUGCCAUAAGAGAGAUUUGAGUGUGUGUUAGACCUUAAACAAUAAUCUGAGAUCUUUCCAGAACAUCUGAAGGAGUUUAACCAAACUACAAAGUGAGUGCAAAAUGAAAGAUUUUUGUCAAAUCAAGACGCUGCAAUAAUUCUACUGUUCUGCCUCAGUUGGGGGUG